UUCUUUAAUUGGAAGAUGGUAGAGGAGAACUUUAAUUCAAGAGAGGCUGAGGUGGGUUGCCUUAGAUCCAGGAAACAUGAGAUGUAGGUGAAAAAAGUUCCAAUCUUUUUAGGGUUUUCUUGUGAUUGUCUGGGGUUGGUUCUACUUUUUCCAAGAUUGUUUAAUUCCCAUGACUCCUUUUGCUUUCUAUUCUUGGGUUAACAGAUGAAGUCUUGAUUUUAGUUUUUUAUUUCUUUGUCCUUUUCAUUUAUGCUUUAUGUAUUUAAGGGUAGGUGGUAGGGAUAGGAUUAGUUAUCCUGUGGUUGAUUCUUUCUUGAAAAAAGGUGAAGAAGAAUUUGAUAAGUUCUGGAGUUUUGAGGAUAACAUAACUACCUGAGAAGACUUGAAGUUUCUGAUAAUUAAAAGGUUAGAUCCAUUCUUUCUCACCAGAUCUGAUAACCUGUUUUCAUUCUCCUUAUGCUCAACAGCUUAUCUUUCUUUGAUUUUGACCUUGGAGGCUGUAGAUUGUCUUUUCCCAUAUAUCUCCUUGAUACAAAAGGAUUGGUGGGCCAUUGGGAUGUCGUAGGAUGGAAGAGGAAUUGCUAGAACCUGCAAGCUUAACAUCAAUCUCAAUGGUAAAAGGAAAUGAAGAGGAUGAGAAUUGGCAGAUUUUGUGAAAAUAUUAGGGAUUAUUAGCCAUAACUUUUAAUUGGACAAAGGGUUGUAUUGAUGGAAGAGAUGUCCCCUGCGGUUGCAAUGACACUUAGUUUAGGCAAUUCUAUUUGUGAUAACUCAGGUAUUGCUACCCAUGUAGAAAUUACACGGCUAAAGCUUGUAACAGACGCUGUGAGCUUGCUGUCUGAUCCUGCUAAGGUAGUAUCCGAUGAGGCUGUUGCAGUGUGCAGUGGAAGCUCUGAUGAUGCUAAAAAUGGAAUGGAAUUCACCACCUUGUCUGAAUCAAAAGAUGGUGGUGUUGGAGGAAAUGAUUCAGUUCCUACUGAUGCUAUGAUUCAGGAAAGUGACGAAGAUGAAGUAUCGUCUGUUGUGGAAGACACUAAUGGAACUAUAUCUGAGGAGUUGUUAGCAUUGGAAGCUGGAUCUGAAAUAAAUUUACCAAAGUCUGUUGAAAUUGAAGAUAUGAUUGAAGAUAGCCAAAUCAUUGCUAAGGCUAUCAUUGUGGAGUCAUCAAAUGAGGUGCAGGUGCCGACGGCUAAACUCCUCAUAGCAGCAGUGAGCCCAAAUGCAGACAUCACUGAUGGCUCUGAGUUAAGGGCCUCCGCAGUGGUUCUUAAGUUGCCCAGUGAGAGCAAUCUCAGUAAGGGAACUUCCCGUAGUGUAUUUGAGAUUGAUUGCGUACCUCUUUGGGGUUCUGUCUCUAUUUGCGGAAGAAGACCAGAAAUGGAAGACUCUCUUGCGGCUGUUCCUCGGUUUGCAAAAAUUCCUAUAAAAAUGCUCAUUGGCGAUCAUGUCGUCAACGGAUUAAAUGAGAGUUUGACCCAUCUAACAAGUCAUUUUUUCGGUGUUUAUGAUGGCCAUGGGGGCGCUCAGGUUGCUAACUAUUGUCGUGACCGAAUUCAUUGGGCCUUGGCUGACGAGAUUGGAAAUGUUAAAAAUGAUUCAAGUGGUGUAAGCAUGGAAGCAAAUCAGCAGGUGCAGUGGGAGAAAGCCUUCACUAGUUGCUUUCUUAAGGUUGAUGAUGAGAUUGGGGGAAAAGGUACCAAAGGUACCAUUGAAGGCCAUGGAGAUGCUUCUGAUCCCACUUUUGAGCCUUUAGCACCAGAAACAGUUGGAUCUACGGCAGUGGUUGCCUUGGUCUGUUCAUCUCAUAUCAUAGUUGCAAACUGUGGUGAUUCAAGAGCAGUGCUUUAUCGUGGAAAAGAGUCAAUGGCAUUGUCAAUUGAUCAUAAACCAAACAGAGAAGAUGAGUAUGCCAGGAUUGAGGCAUCUGGAGGCAAGGUCAUACAGUGGAAUGGACACCGUGUUUUUGGUGUUCUUGCCAUGUCUAGAUCCAUUGGUGAUAGAUAUUUGAAACCAUGGAUUAUUCCAGAACCAGAAGUUAUGUUUGUUCCUCGAGCUAGAGAAGAUGAAUGCCUUAUUUUAGCCAGUGAUGGGCUGUGGGAUGUCAUGACAAAUGAUGAAGUCUGUGAAGUGGCUCGAAAGCGGAUUUUGCUCUGGCACAAAAAGAACGGAUUUACAUCUCUUGCUGAAAGAGGCAAUGGAAUUGAUCCCGCGUCUCAAGCAGCAGCUGAUUACCUUUCAAUGCUGGCCUUGCAAAAAGGAAGCAAGGACAACAUCUCAGUGAUUGUGGUGGAUUUGAAAGCUCAAAGGAAGUUCAAGAGCAAAUCUUAAUCAAGGUUUCAUUCAUCAACUAGCUUAAAUCUAUAUACCGCUAUAUUAGGGAAGGUACAUCUAAUUAAAUACAUAGCUUGGUCCAUUCCUUUUUCUCAUGGGCUUAAAUGUGUGUACAAUAAUAGAAACUAGUUUGUACUAUAGCUAGUGUAUCCGAAUGCAAUAUUGCCUAUGUUUUUGGAUAUUCACUUUGCCAAAAACUAUACCACUAGUUAUGUAAAUUUGAGCUCUUGCAUGUAGGGGGAGAUUUACAGUGUUCAAUUUUGUAAGUCAUCCUUAGCUUUUCAAGUAUGAGUUUUCUCUCUCAACAAUAGAUUGAGUGGUGAUGGUUUGAACAUCACAGGUACUACAUAAGUCUCGGAAAGGCCAUGCUUAGGCAUCUUGUGCAACUGAGGUUAAAAUAAUGUUCAAGUUCAAA